AUGCUAUCGUCAGGUGAUCGCAGAACAGCACUUCCACAGCCGAGUUCGCUCAGGUGCCAGGCGAAGCUUCUUGAGAAUCACAUAAGGAUUGUCAGCUCGAUGUUGCUUGGCCGCAAUGUUGAGAGUAGUAAUAUGGUUCUGGCCGAAGCACGAAGAACUGUAAGGUUCGCUUCAUUGAUCGACGGGCUCUUUGAAGCACUGCUCUGUGGUGAUUCAAGAUUCCUCCCGAAGCUGAAACUUCAUCCGGAAGCACCACCUGAGACCGCGCCCGAUUCCGCUCACAACGAGCUCCACCGCCGCCUCCCUGAAUGCAACUCUGCUGAUGGACAGCUGAUUUUCGUCUUGGUUCAUGUUACUACUGUUGCACCUCCCGGGCCUUCCACGCUUGAAAAGCCCUACAAAAGUGUCGAGGCGGUGCGCGGCAACCUUCAUCUAGCGAGUCAGCUUGCAAAGAAGUACUGA